GCUAACACAACUGCACCACUGAGAGGAAGAAGAGGGUGAUCCGGUGGUGCUGCAGAAUCGCUUCGAUCUUUUGUCAGCACUUGGACAAAUAAGCUCCCUACUACAUUCUCCAACUGAACGAAGACAUACUGUAGAAGAUCAGGACCGGUACGAGGAGAAGAUGUCCACAUCAGAGUGCAGGAAUUCACAGAGGUGGACGAGAUGGAUCAAGUCAGCAGCUUCGUCUCUCUUUCUUCUUCUGUUGUGUUCGCAGGGAAUAGCCGAGGGACGCAGAGUCACCAAAGUUCCUCGCUGCCCAGCAACCUGCUCUUGCACCAAAGACAGUGCCUUCUGCGUGGACACUAAAGCCAUCCCCAAAAGCUUCCCACCUGGCAUCAUUUCACUGACGAUGGUGAACGCAGGCUUCACUGAAAUCCCAGAAGGAGCGUUUUCUCACCUCCACUUACUGCAGUUCCUUUUGCUGAAUUCCAACACUUUCACUGUGAUUGCUGAUGAUGCCUUCGCUGGCCUCUCGCACCUGCAGUAUCUGUUUAUUGAGAAUAAUGACAUUCGAUCACUGUCCAAAUACACUUUCAGAGGCCUGAAGUCUUUAACACACCUAUCUCUGUCUAACAACAACCUGCAGGUUUUACCCAGAGAACUGCUCAAACACCAGGACAUCCUUACUGACCUAGACCUGAGAGGGAAUUCGUUCCGCUGCGACUGUAAGAUUAAAUGGCUGGUGGAUUGGAUGGAGAAAACAAACACCUCUGUCCCGGCUAUAUACUGUGCCAGUCCCUUCGAGUUCCAGGGUCGACGUAUCCAGGACUUAACACCGCGAGACUUCAACUGUAUUAGUGCAGAUUUUGCUUCAUAUGAGACCUACCCAUUCCAGUCCCUCUCCGUGGAGGCGUACGACUUUAACGAUGACCUAUACGAAGUGUUCGCUCAACCCAACACGGGAAUAUGUGCCGUUUACAUCUGGGAUCACGUGAACAUGCUUUUCCGUGGCCAUUACAACAUCACGUCUCGAUCUGCAGUGUACUGCAAGCCCGUGGUGAUCAACAACACACUCUACAUGGUGGUAGCCCAACUCUUUGGAGGAUCCCAUAUCUACAAGUGGGAAGAAGGCCCUUUGCAGUUUGUGAAAAUCCAGGACAUUGACGCCAGCCGUGUCCGCAAACCCAAUUUCAUUGAGACCUUUCAGAUUGAAGGACUCUGGUACUUUGCUGUAGUGGACAGCUCAAAGGCAGGCUCCACGAGCAUCUACCAAUGGAACAGCAAUGGCUUCUACUCGCACCAGUCGCUUCACCCGUGGCACCGCGACACACACAUACACUUCCUGGAGGCAGACGGUAAGGCUCGGCUAAUCCUCUCGAGCUCCUCGCAGCCUCCGGUGGUGUACCAGUGGAACCGUGGAACACAGCAGUUUGUCUUUCACUCACAAAUCCCACAUGCAAGCGAUGUCCACUUGGUCAAGCACUUCUGGGCCCAUCAGGCACUCUACCUCUGCCUGAUGCGGUUCAUUGGAGACUCGAGGCUCGUGCGAUGGGAAAGCCAGCGCUUUGUGGAGAUCCAGACGCUCCCUUCGCGUGGCUCAAUGGCACUGCAACCAUUUUGCGUAGGAGUGAGACAGUACCUGGUUAUGGGCAGCGAUUACUCAUUCUCGCGGAUCUACCUGUGGGACGAGCUCACACAGCGCUUCCAGCCUUUCCAGGAGCUCAACGUUUUGGCACCUCGUGGAUUUAGCCUGGUCUCCAUUGACAACAAAGAUAUCCUGCUGGUUGCCAGCUUUAAAGGAAAGACCGUAGCAUAUCAGCAUCUACUGGUGGACCUCAGUGCCAAGUAACAUGAAACUAAAGAUGUUUUCAUCCAAGGAAAAUUGAUUUGUUAAAAGAGAUCAAUACCUUGCCUGGCUUUGGUUUCAGAUUCGGUUUAUAUGCUAUUCUUUUGGACGGGUUUUUAAUGUUUAGACAUUGGAGAAAUCAGAAAAUUAGUUAGCAUGCUCUCUUACCCUUCAAAAAUAGACUUGGACCCUGCUCAUUACAUCUCUUCUGGAUAUAAGCGUAUACAUAUACAGUAAAUAUGACUGUAAUUGAAAACUGAGUUCAAAGUAAAACAAGAUCUACAUUCAAUAUUCACUUUAUUAGGAGCAUCUGCCAAUCAGCCAAUGCAGUUUACACCCAAUACAUCCAGGGAGCAUCUGCUCAGGUCCAGAUGCAAAGAAAAACCGCCUUGUUCAAGAUUCAAGAUUUUUAUUUGUCACAUACACAAUUAUAUAGGGGAUAUAUAACUAGCAGUGAAAUGUGAGUCAGGUCCGCUCCACGGACAUUGCACUUAUUAGAAAAGCACAACAAUGAAAAAAAGAGAUAAAAGUAAACAAUGAAAAUAUAAGAAUAAAAUAUAAAAAAUAUGUAUGAUGUAGAAUGGAAAAUAAUGUGCAUGAAAGUAAACUGUAGUUAUAAAUAUAAGAUACACAGUGAUGUACAAGAGGCAAUGUGCAUAUGUGUAUUAUACUGUAGUCUUAAAUAUUAAGAAGCUGAUAUAUUAUUAUAAUAUUAUAAUGAUAUUAUUAUAAUAAUAUUAUAUUAUUAUUAAAUAUUAUGAAGCUGUUGAUACGAAGCUUAGAGGAGAAUGGGCAGUCAAUCUGAUGGGAAGCAUUCAAUGACUUCAGUAACAACGCUAUACAAACAUGGCCAGCAGAAAAGCAUCUCAAAAUGUAUAACACUUUGAACCCUGAUGCAGGUCUAGGGUUACAACAUCUGGAUUGGCUGACUGGAUAAUUGUUUGCAUGAAUAGGUGUUCAGAUGUUCCUACUAAAGUAGACCGUUUGACAGUGAAGCACCCUAUUAAGCAUGGAAUAGACUUUAUUUUUUUUGUUUACAGUCAAUUUGACGGGUCUUUCCAGAAAAUACAGAUUACAUGACCAUGAUUUGACCAAAGUAACAUACUUGUUAUAAACAAUAGAUAAGAUUUCAACUUAAACAUAUAAAUGCUUUAAACCUCCUAUUCGAAUCCAUACUUUUUUUUCCCAGGUUCAUGUUUUCUAUCUCCAGGCCUCAUCAAAGUUUAUGUCCAACAUCUGUUUGUGCUAUGAGCAUGUGCUGUGCUAGACUAAUAACUAGAAUACUUUCUAUGUCGUUAUAACAAUAUUAUUUCAUCCUAUUUUCAUCUACACAUUUUAUCCCAUCGUGCAAGAUUGCAAAGUACAAACUUAUUGUCAUUCUGUUCACUGAAACUACUGGAAAAACAAGCAUCUCUGUCUCUUCGGGUCAUCCUUAAGACUGAGCAUGUGGAGGAACCGUGACUAACAUGAACCGUCACAAACGUUUGUUGUCAAUAUUACAAAUAAAUUUAUACUAUACUUUC